GUGCCCUGCGUGGGGCGCGCGGCGGCCGAGGCGGGAAGUGCAAGCGCAGUGCAAGCGGCUGCGCCAUGGCGCGAGUGUGGCAGCACCCAUUCCUCAACGUCUUCAGACAGUUCAAGGUGGACGAGUGGAAGCGGUCCACUAAGGAGGGUGACGUGGCCACAGUGAUGGACAAGACCCUAAAGUGCACUGUGUAUCGCAUUAGAGGCACUGUCUCCGCCAGCAAUUACAUCCAGCUCCCCAAAACCAGCGCGCAGUCCCUGGGGCUGACAGGACGAUACCUGUACUUGCUUUUCCGACCCCUGUCCACCAAGCACUUCGUCAUCCACCUGGACUUGUCCACUGAGGACAGGCAGGUCAUCCGUGUAUCCCUUUCCAACCUCUUCAAGGAAUUCAAGUCUACAGCCACGUGGCUUCAGUUCCCCUUUAUUUGUGAAGGGACGUCCAGGAAAGACCUGGCAGGUGCGGCUCCCCCUGGUGCCCGCUGGACCUGCCUGCAGCUGGACCUGCACGACAUCCUCCUUGUCUACCUGAACCGGCGCUACAGCCAUCUCAAGAGCGUCCGGCUGUGUGCCAGCCUGCUGGUCCGAAACCUCUACACCAGCGAUCUGUGCUUCGACCCAGCUGUCACUGUCGCCGAGGCCCGGCGGGCAAAGCUGCCCGUCACCCCCAUGCCUCGAGAAAUGGCGUUUCCAGUGCCAAAGGGGGAGAACUGGCACGACCACUACAUUCACAUCCGGUUUCCAAGCAACAGCCCAGCAGCGCCCUCCAAGCUGGUCCAGAGGAACUGCUCCCCUCCUGAGGCAGGCUUCCCGAGACAUGUACCACAGCUUCUCCCUCGCCCAGGGCCCUUCAGCAAGUCCAGGCUGGACAGCGUGUCCCCUGUGGUUCAGACGCUUGGCCCCACAGCUGUGAGUGCCUGUGCCCUUAGAGAUGGGGCUAAGGAAGGUAGCCCCAGGGUCUGGCGGACACUGUCCCCCCCACAGUCCAGGCAGGCCUCCUUGAGGCUCCUUCCAGAGGAUGGCCUGUCCUCUGAAUGCUCAGAAGUCUCCAUCGUGGGUGGCUCCGGGGUCGAUAGACGAGAGCCCCCGGCCAGCGCGAAGGCCACGGACAAGCGUGCUGCUGGCAGUGGCCCUCCGGUGUCUGCUUGUAAGUUGGCUGUGGUGCCCCCAGCCCCAGAGGAUGCGACCAAGCAUGAGAGCUUCCUGCCAGAUCCGGUCCUGAGGCUCAAGAGAGUCAUUGGCCUUGGGGGCCACAGCACUAAAUGGGCCCUGUGGACCAAGGAUGGGGCUGCUGUCGUGUACCCCUGCCACGCGAUCAUUGUGGUCCUGUGCAUUGACACCCGGGAGCAGUGCUUCUUCCUCGGCCACACAGACAAGGUCUCUGCCCUGGCACUGGAUGGGAGCAACUCUCUGCUGGCCUCAGCCCAGGCACACCCCCACAGCAUGCUGCGUCUCUGGGACUUCCAGACCAGGAGCUGCUUGUCCCUGUUCCGGAGCCCUGUCCACACCGUCUGCUCCCUCAGCUUCUCCGACAGUGGGGCACUACUCUGCUGCAUUGGCAAGGACCGCCAUGGGAAGAUGAUGGUGGUGGCCUGGGGCACUGACCAGGUGGGGCGAGGCGGUGAGGCCGUCAUUCUCGCAAAGGCAAACACCGACGUCGACAUCCAGGCUUUUGAGAUCGCCUUUUGUAAUGAAACCAGGAUGGCGUCGUGCGGGCGGGGCAAUGUGCGGCUGUGGCGGCUUCGCGGUGGGGGCCUGUGCUCCUGCCCUGUGGACCUGGGGGAGCAUCACGCAGUCGAGUUCACGGACCUGGCCUUUGGGAAGGCCCAGGAUGGCCACACGCUCUACGUUUGCAGCCGUAGUGGUCACAUCCUGGAGAUCGACCACCAGCGCAUGGCUGUGCGGCGCGCUCGCUAUCUCCUGCCCACGCAGACUCCCGGCAGCCCCCUCCCACAGAAGCAGGCCUUCAGCUUGGGCCCCGGCAUCGCCAUCAGCAGCCUCAGUGUCUCCCAGGCUGAGUGUGCGGUGGGCUCGGAGGACGGCUACCUGCGCCUCUGGCCUCUGGACUUCUCCUCUGUGCUCCUGGAGGCAGAGCACGAGGGCCCCAUCAGCUCAGUCCGAAUCAGCCCCGAUGGCUUGCGUGUGCUGUCCACCACCUCCUCGGGCCAUCUGGGCUUCCUGGACGUCCCCUCCCGGGAGUAUAAUGUGCUGGUGCGCUCCCACACUGCCCUGGUGCUGGCCCUCGCCACCGAGUGCAGCCGAGGACAGCUGGCCACCGUGUCCCAGGACCACACUGUCCGAGUCUGGGAUCUGGCAACCCUGCAGCAGCUCUACGACUUCACGUCGCCCGAGGAAGCGCCGUGUGCAGUCGCCUUCCAUCCCACGCAGCCAGUCUUCUUCUGCGGCUUCAGCAGUGGGGCUGUCCGCUCCUUCAGCCUGGAGGCCACCAGGGUCCUGGUGGAACACAGGUGUCACCAAGGAGCUAUCACCGGCCUGGUUACCAGCCCCGAUGGCAGCCUCUUGUUCAGUGCCUGCUCUCAGGGCACCCUGGCCCAGUACCACUGCACUGCCACUUGCUGCCGUGUCCUGCGUGUUACAGCCAACGUGGUGUGCCGGGAUGCCCUCCCAAGUCCCAACGCCUUGGCCGUCAGUGGGGACAACCGCUUGCUGGCCUUCAUGGGUCCCUUUAAGUACAUGGUGACCAUCAUGGACGCAGCCUCCCUGGAUGAUCUGCUACGGGUGGACGUCAGUGCCCUGGACCCGGCCAGCAGCGGCCUGGACUCGGCUGUGGCUGUCUGCUUCAGUCCCGCACCCCGUAGCCACCUGCUGGUGUCCUUGUCAUCCAACAAGGUUGUGGUGCUAGACGCCAUAUCGGGCCGCUUGGUUCGAGAGUUUUGUGAUGUGCACCCCGUGGCCUGCUCCGCCCUGGCUCUCAGCGGGGAUGCCCGCUUGCUGCUGACAGCUGCCGACCGAGCCAUCAAGGUGUGGGACUACUUAACGCAGUCCGACCCCAGCUGCCAGGUGUACAUUGGCCACUCGGAGCCCGUGCAGGCUGUGGCCUUCACCCCUGACCAGCAGCAUCUCCUCAGCGUGGGUGAUGCCAUCUUCCUCUGGGACAUCCUGGCCUCCCCUGAGAGGUCGCCCCCAGAAAGCGUCCCAGGCUCACCCGGGCCCCCCCCAACCUGUGAGGCUGUGAGUGGUCGCACCGCGGUGGAAGGUCCAAAUGCAAGUCAGCAGGAGGAUGCGCUGUCCGGGACCAAUGGGCUCCCUCGGUGGCAGGUGCCCGUGCCAUCCCAGGCAGCCCCACCCCAGCUGAGCAUCUGUGCUGGGCCCUUAGAUGGCGGUGAUGGCACUUCCUCUGUGUCAGAUGAAGGACCCUCUGAGGAGAGCCACAGCCCUGAGGGGCUCUGCCAGGCCCCAGGCCGACCCGUGCUGGUGCAGAAGGAGGCCUGUGGGGCUGGAGACGGGGCCGCAGGGGGCCCUUGGGACCCCAGCGUGCUGCCCCACCCCCAUGGCCAGCCUAGUAAGCAAGGUGCCUGGAGCCUCAGGAGAGCCAGGACCCAGCCCACUGCCCGCCCGGACGCCUACAAACACUUCACAGCACGCUACAAAGCCUCCCUGAUGGCCAAGAAUGUUUCCUCCCCUCCUGCGGGGGGCGAGUGGCUGCACCUGAAGGCUGUUGUGGGCUACAACGGGAAUGGGCGGGCCAACGUGAUCUGGAGGCCAGACACAGGCUUCUUUGCCUACACCUGCGGCUGCCUGGUGGUAGUGGAGGACCUGCACUCCGGCUCCCAGCAGCACUGGCUCGGCCACUCCGAGGAGAUCUCCACGCUGGCUCUCAGCCACGAUGCCCAGGUCCUGGCCUCUGCCUCCGGGAGUAGUGGUGCCGCCUCUGGCUGCCAGAUCCGCAUCUGGGAUGUGCCUGGGGGUUCCUGCCAGCAGCUCCUUUCUCACCACUGCACCGCUGUGCAAGCCCUAGCCUUCUCGCUGGAUGAUCGGCUCCUUGUCACACUAGGGGACUAUGGUGACCGAACCCUGGCCCUGUGGAGCAUGGCCACCUAUGAGCUCGUUUCGUCUACCCACCUCCCAGAGCCGGUGCACGACAUGGCCUUCAACCCCUGGGGUGCCGGGGAGCUCGCCUGUGUGGGCCAGGGCGCCCUCACCUUGUGGCUCCUGCAGCAGCGCGGGGCCGACAUCAGCCUCCAGGUGCACCGAGAGCCCAUCCCCGAGACGGUGGGGGCGGGCGAGCUGACGUCCCUGUGCUAUGGGGCCGAGCCGCUGCUGUACUGCGGCUCCAAUGCCGGCCAGGUCUGUGUCUGGGACACGAGUGCCAGCCGUUGCUUCCUGGCCUGGGAGGCUGACGACGGUGAGAUCGGAGUGCUGCUGUGCUCGGGAUCGCGGUUGGUCAGUGGCAGCAACACCAGGCGGCUGCGCCUGUGGGCCGUGGGAGCCGUGGCGGAGCUGAGGCGCAAGGGCUCCGGAGCCAGGUCCAGCUCUGUGUUCAUGGAGCGCGAGCUGACCCUGGACGGGGCCGUCGUGAGCGCUGUCUUCCACGAGAGCAUGGACAUGGGUGUGGUGGGCACCACAGCGGGCACGCUCUGGUAUGUCAGCUGGGCCGAGGGCACCAGUACCCGCCUCAUCAGCGGCCACAGGAGCAAGGUCUUGUGUGGGGCACUCGGGAGGGAGGUGAGGACAGUUUCUUUACUCCACGUGGAGGUGACCAUGGCCAGGCGGGCUUGGGAAGGAGACACAUGGUCUCAUAGGAAUGACCUGGCCCCACUGUGUCCUGUGUCCGAGGGCCACGGGGCCUCAGGGCUGGCUGGCUACCUGCAGGUGAACGAGGUGGUCUUCAGCCCCAGCGAGUCCCACUGUGCCACGUGUGGAGACGAUGGGAGUGUGCGGGUGUGGUCCUUGUCCAGCAUGGAGCUGGUAAUCCAGUUCCAGGUGCUGAACCAGAGUUGCCUCUGCUUGGCUUGGAGCCCCCCAUCCUGUGGGCGCCCAGAACAGCAGCACAUGGCGGCAGGUUACAGUGAUGGCACGUUGCGUGUCUUCAACGUCUCUCGAAUCUCCAUGGAGCUCAAGAUGCAUCCACACCUGGCUGCGCUGACGGCCAUCGCCUUCUCUGCUGACGGUCAGACCAUCAUCUCUGGAGACAAGGACGGGCUUGUGGCUGUGAGCCAGCCACGCACAGGUCUGACCUUCCGUACACUGAGCGACCACCGGGGCGCUCCCAUCUCUACCAUCCAGAGCACGAGCAAGGAGAAUGGAGCCUUCGGGGUGGAGGGCACAGACUUGUGGUUGGCCGCCAGCGGGGACCAGCGGGUCAGCAUCUGGGCCUCCGACUGGCUGCGGGACUGCUGUGAGCUGGUGGACUGGCUGAGCUUCCCGGCACCGAUCCUCACGGAGGCUUCAGACUGCUCGCCACCCUCCCUCGCUGCCUUCUGUCCCUGGGAUAGGACGCUGCUGGUGUGUGCAGGCCUCGGCCCCCAUCCAGAGGCGGUCUUUUACAGCCUCUGCCUGAAGCAGGUGGUGAAGAAGAUCCCACUGCCUUUCUUUGCUGUGUCCCUGAGUCUGUCCCCCAGGGCCCACUUCAUGGCCAUUGGCUUUGCUGAGCGUGUGCUGAGGCUGGUGGACUGUGUGUCAGGGGCCGCGCAAGACUUUGCUGGCCACGACGACGCGGUACAGCUCUGUAGGUUUGCCCCGUCUGCCAGCCUGCUCUUCACGGCGGCCCACAACGAGAUCUUGGUGUGGGAGGUCACACACUGCUGAGCUGCACUGGGGACCUUGGGGUCAGGUGUGCUGUCCCGGUCACACUGGGCACCUGGCCUGGGCAGGGGCUCUCCUGAGAAGCCGGGUUAGUGGAGAACCUCGUGCUAGGCCAGGGUGGCUGGGUGGGCGCAGUCCCUUCACACUGGAUGGGCUCAGGACUCUCUGUAUGUAAAUCAUCAAGACCCCAAACAUGUGUAAAGUGCUUGUUGGCACCUGAGUGCUUUUCUAUGUUUCUACCUGUACAGUUGAAAUAAAUGUGGGUGUUGCAUUGUC